AUGAACGAGAGCGCAACAGCAAACGAGAGCGUGGCGGGAUUUCCCAUGGCCUCGUGGGCGGAAGCCGGAGCCUUCAGCGGAAACAGCAGCCUGGCGCUCUCCUCAUCCUCCUUGUUUCUCGACUUUCCCAUAAACCCAUGGGACAUUAUGCUGUGCCUCUCCGGCACUGUGAUCGCAUGUGAGAACGCCAUCGUGGUGGCGAUCAUCUUCUACACGCCGACUCUGCGCACCCCGAUGUUCGUGCUGAUCGGCAGCCUUGCGACUGCCGACCUGCUCGCGGGAGUGGGACUGAUAUUGAACUUUGCGUUCCAGUACUUGAUCUCGUCGGAGACGGUCAGCCUGAUCACGGUCGGUUUCCUCGUGGCUUCAUUCACAGCUUCGAUCAGCAGCCUGCUGGCCAUCACUGUGGACCGCUACUUCUCUCUGUACAACGCGCUCACCUACCUAUCGGAGAGAACGUUGCACUGCGUACACUUGAUGCUCCUGGGCGCGUGGGGAGCAUCGCUGGGUCUCGGCAUUUUGCCCGUGCUCGGCUGGAACUGCGUGCAUGACACGGCUUCCUGCAGCGUCGUGCCGCCGAUCACGCGCACCAACGUGGCACUGCUCGCCGUGGCCUUCUUCACCAUUUUCCUCCUCAUGCUCGGCCUCUACUGCAAGAUCUGCAAGAUCAUGUGCCGUCACGCGCACCAGAUAGCGCUUCAGCGCCACUUCCUCGCGCCUUCGCACUACGCCGCCACCAAGAAAGGCGUCUCCACGCUCGCCAUCGUCCUGGGCACGUUUGGCGCGAGCUGGCUGCCCUUCGCCAUCUACUGUUUGGUGGGCGAGCGCGAUGACCCGGCCGUGUACACCUACGCCACUCUACUUCCGGCCACCUACAACUCCAUGAUCAACCCGAUCAUCUACGCGUACCGCAACACUGAGAUCCAGCGCUCGCUUUAUGUGCUUUUCUGCGGCAGCGCGCGCACCGACGUGUCCUAUCGUUCCAGAUCACCGAGCGAGGUCUAGGUGCGACACUGAUUUUCCCUUAAAACUCACUUCACCAUGACUGCAUCUGCUACAACAAAAAAGUGUGAACUCAAACUUAGCCAGUUACGCAAUUGCACUUUACUGAGACUCGAGACAGACAUGACUCGGUCUUAAUGCUGUGAACAACGGACUUUGGUGACAAAGCAACAACCUCACGUUAAAAAUGCAUCUGAACUAUUUAAAGUAAAAAAAAUAAUAAAAAAAAUACAACAACAAAAAAACAGCACUUUAUAUGACGAUUUUAAAUGCCAAAGCAGUAUUGUACAGCCAUGUGAGUUCUGUGGUUUAUGUGAUGGAUUUUUUAUCUUGUAAAUCUGUCUCUGAAUAUAUGUUUUUAUAUGGAAAAGAAAGUGAAUUAAAUAUGUGUAUCUGCAAUUGUUGUCCCUGUAAAUUGCACAC